AUGUAUCCUUCAAGGUUGACAUGUUUUCGAAGUUAUAAGAUAUAUUGUAAUAAUGAUUGUUUAUUUGUGAUAGGUAUAAAUAAGAAAGAGAAUGUUUAUGAAGUAAGUGCGUUGAAGAGAAGGAGUAAGAAGAUUGAGAUUGUUGAACACUUUGAAUUAUAUAUGAAGAAAGAUUAUUGUAAUUAUAUUAUAAGAAAGAAAUUAGAAUAUAUAUGUAAAUGUGAAGGUAUAUUUGGAUGUAUUCGUUUUUUGAAUUACCCUUAUUUAUAUGUAUUAAUUAAGAAAGAGAAAGUUGGAAUAUUAUUUAAUGAACAUAAAAUAUAUAAUGUAAAAAAUAUUUUAUUAAUACCAUUUGUUGAAGAUAUAUUUGAUAAUUAUAAUGAAGAGAAUGAAUUAAUAGAUUUAUUUUAUAAUAAUAUAAAUCAUAAAUAUAUCUAUUUUUCAUAUACAUAUAAUUUAACAUCAAGUGUGCAAGAAAAUUAUUUUAUUCAAAAAAAUUAUAUGAAAGGAGGACUUGAAGAAUAUAAAAAGAAUCCAUAUAUAUGGAAUUCAUAUCAUAAUAAAUAUUUUAUAAAAAAGAAUAUUUUUUUAUGUUUAUUUGUAAUAAAUGGAUAUUUUAUUCAAUCCAAAUUUGAAUGCUCAGGUAAAAUUAUUGAUAUUAGUUUGAUAGGUAGAAGAAGUAAUAAAUAUGCAGGCACUCGAUAUAGAAAACGAGGUUUAAAUUCUUUUGGCUAUUCAGCUAAUGAUGUUGAAUCUGAGAUUAUUUUAUUUGAAAAAAAUAAUUCUCAUGUUAUCUUAUCAUAUACACAAUUAAGAGGUUCUGUUCCUAUAUUUUGGAAUCAACAAGUUAAUUAUAAAAUUUUAAAGAAACCACAAAUAAAUUUUAUAAAAACAGAUAUUAAUUAUUCAUCUACACAAAAACAUUUUCAAAUGUUAUAUGAAAAAUAUGGAUAUCCUAUAACAGUUGUUAAUUUAUUAAGUAAGAAAAAAUAUAGUGAUGAACAAAAAUUAUCAUAUCAAUAUAAACUAUCUAUUGAUACACUUAAUAAACAUAUUCCUAAAAAAAUACAUAUUAUAUAUAAACAUUUAGAUUUAAGAAAAGCUUAUAAAAUUGGUAUUAAAUAUACACAAUAUAUUUUAAAAAUGUUAUAUAAUUAUUCUUUAAAUACUAUCGGUUUCUUUUAUAUGCAUAAUAAAAAAGUUUUACUUAUUCAAACAGGUGUUCUCAGAUUUAAUUGUGUUGAUUGUUUAGAUAGAACAAAUGCAGCUCAAUUAUUUUUAAAUAUCUAUAUGUUUAUUAAAUUCGUUAAAAUUAUAAAAUUAAUCAAAAAAAAUGAUUUGUCUGUUCAAAAUAUAUCACAUAUAUCACAAUUAUAUGAAGAAUUAGGUGAUGUCAUAUCUAAACAAUAUGCAGGAUCGACAGCACAUAAAAAAUAUACACCAGGCCAACAUUCUAACUUUUUUAUUCAAUCAAAAGAAUUAUUUACAUCUCUAAAAAGAUAUUAUAUUAGUUCUUUUAAUGAUCUAGAAAAACAAAAAGCAAUUAAUCUAUUCCUAGGAGUUACACAUAAUAAAUUGCAUUGUAUAAAUAAUUCUCAUGAACUUGAUACAUAUGCUCAUAAUAAAUAUUUUAAAAAUUAUGGAAAAAAUAUUUUCUGGUGGGUUCUUCCUCUAGACAAAUUCUAUUACAAGGCACAAACUUUGUUGGAUUUAAAACAUGAGGAUAUUAUUAUAAUAAAUCUAAGAAGAAAAUUAAAAGAAAAAGAAAAAAGAAACCGAAGAAAAAAAAAAAUUAAAAUUAAAAAUAUGAAAAUUAAAAAAAUGACACAAUUUUUAUAUACAUAUAAUAUGAACACUAAGAUGGAUUCAAAUAAAUAUAAAGAAAGAAAAAGAGGAAAAAAAAAAAAAAAAAAAAAACAUACACAUUUAAAUAUUUUAGAAGAUUUAUAUAGAAACUUGAAAACAGGAGACGAAUCAAAGAAGAUACUUAAAAUUAAAAGGAGGAGAAAUAUAUUAAGAAGUAUGAAGGAUGUAAAAAUUAAAAAGAUAAAAAAACAAGAUUUUAUAUCAAAAAUGUAUGAUAAUUUGAGGUUUUAUAAAUGUUUUAGUAAUACAAAUAUAUUUAAACAUAUAUAUAAUUUUAAUAAUGCGGAGCAGAAUUUUUUAGAUAAGAUGGGUGUUUCUUUGGAGGGUAAUUUAUUCUUUGAUCGUAUGAAUUAUAUAUUUAAAAUGCGUUCUGUAGAUAAUUAUUAUAAGAAAGGGGAGGUCCCAGGUGAUCAAAAAAAUGGUGGAGAUCAAAAAAAUGGUGGUGAUCAAAAAAAUGGUGGUGAUAAUAAAAAUUGUGAUGAUAAUAAAAAUGGUGGUGAUAAAAAAAAUGGUGGUGAUAAAAAAAAUGGUGGUGAUAAAAAAAAUUGUGAUGAUAAUAAAAAUUGUGAUGAUAAAAAAAAUGAUGAUGAUAAAAAAAAUGGUGAUGAUAAAAAAAAUGGUGAUGACAAAUACAAUAUAAAGAACCAUAUUAAUAAUAUACAUUACAACAAUUCUGUAAAUAAAAUAAAUUUAGGUAGUAUAAUCGAUAAUAAUAUAGAAAUGAAUCCACGUUCUUUUAUUGUUUUGUUUAAAUAUUUGUCGCAUAUAUGUAAUUUUUACAAUGUAUAUAAAAAUAAUUUCCAUUAUUUUUUUAAGAAUAAGAAUAUAUUUCGAUAUAAAAUAUGGAGACUUAUUUCAUGUUAUAAUUAUUUAAAUUAUUUAAAAAUAUAUUUUAAUAUAUUUUUUCUUUUAUAUUAUGCUAUAUGUAAUAAAUAUAAUAUAAAGUUGAUAUAUAUGAAUCAUAUAAAAGAAUUAAUAUCUUAUACGAAUUCAUUUAAGUGUAAAGAUUUACAAUAUGAAGAAGAUGAUGUAAUUAAAAAAUGUGAUUAUAAUAAUAAAAAGACAAAGGAAGAUUCUACUAAUUAUAAGAAUCAUAUUAAUAAUUAUAUUAAUAAUUAUAUUAAUAAUCAUAUUAAUAAUCAUAUUAUAAUAAAUACUUCUAGCUUUGAAAAUGAUAUAAAACAUAUUGUGUCUCAUUUCAAGAGAUAUAAAAAUGUGCCUAUGUUAAUAGAUAAUUAUAUAAAUUAUUAUCAAAUAAAUAAUAUUCCUUAUAAUUAUAUGUUGAUUAAUAUAUCGUCUAUUAUAUAUGAUAUCAAAAUGAAUGAUAAUAUGAAAAAAAAACUUUCAAGGGAUAAAAUGAAAAGGGGAAUAACAAACAAAAAUAUUACAAGUAUUAAAAAUAGUAUCAAUAAUAUCAAUAAUAUCAAUAAUAUCAAUAAUAUCAAUAAUAUCAAUAAUAUCAAUAAUAAUAAUAAUAUAUAUAAAUAUAGUAUUUAUAAUUGUAGAACUCAUACUUGUUCAAUAUCCUAUUUAGAUGAUGAUGACGCACAUAUUUUUAAUAGAUACAGCAUGUCUGAUGUUUAUAAUUUAUCAGAGGUGUAUAAUAUUGUUACUAAGGAAGAUCAAAUAAUAAAUAAUAAUAUGCUAAGUGAUGAAAAAACUACUAAUUCUUAUAUGUUCAAAAAUUAUAUAAAGAGGAAUAAUAUAUCAGAUAAUUCUUCUGAUAAUAAUAGUAAUUUAAUUAUUUCUAGAAAUGAAAAAAAGAAAAUAUUUUUAAAAAAAAAAAAUAUUAAAAUUGCAUCUAAAUUUUAUAAAUGUCAUAUAUAUAAAAGAUAUAUAAAAGAAAAAAAAGAUGAAAAAUAUAUAAGAGAUAAGAAUUAUAAUAUUUUGCAACUUCCAUAUAUAUACAGUCCAUUUUAUUUUAAUUCCAAAAUGAUAAAGUUUCUUUUAUUUGUUUAUUCAACAUAUUGUUCUUCUGCAAAUGAAAUAAAUUGUAAUAAAAAUAUUAAAUAUAAUAUUUAUAAUAAUUGUCAUAAAUUAAAUAAAUAUCCUAUUGAUUUUUAUUAUCAUUGUAAUAACUCAUAUAAUCAAAUUAAAAAAAUGAUAGAUAUGGAUAAUGAGCUCAUUAAAAAAGAUACAAAUAAUAUACAAAGUUCUAAUAACAUAUAUUAUAACAUUGUGUUUUUUUUUAAAAAAUUAUUUGUAAUUAAAUAUGUAGAUUUAUAUUUUAUUGAAUUAUAUUUAUCAUAUAUAUAUAAGACAAAUUAUUAUAAAGAAUUUGAUGUCUAUUUUUAUCAAAAUAUAAAAUAUCCUUUUUAUAAUAAUAUGAAAAAUAAAAAAUCAGAAGAGAAACUUUUCUUAGAUAAUUAUGAUUCAUUUGAAAAUAUACACAAGAAAAAAAAAGAAGUUUUUCGCAUACAUAAAAAAAUUUAUAAUGAAGUAACAAAUAAUUAUAAUAAUUUAGCUAGGAAAUAUAUAUAUAUAAAAAAAUUUGAAACACAAUAUACUCAAGAAAUGAAUUCAUAUAAAAAAAGAGAUGAACAAAUCAAACAGUUCUUUAAAAAUAAUAUUACUUCUUUUAAUAAUCAAAUGAAUAAUUAUAAUAUCCAUUUUAAUAAUUUUAAACAUUAUAUUAAACAAAAUGAAAAAUAUAAACAAAACGGAAACUAUGAUCAUCUUCAUAAUUUUAAUGUCUUGAAAGAUAAAAUAGAAAACUCAAUGAAUUAUAAUCAGUAUUGUCAUCCAAUUGGAAGGAAAAUAUUUACAACAUAA